UGUAAUGUCUUCCUGCCUGCAGCUACUCUUUUCUGUUUGCCAAUCCCAGCAUCAGAGGGAGGAGGGGUCACUUGACUGAGACGUUGAAUGAACUGGAGAGAAGAUCUUUCUUCAUGAAGGACGUAACAUAGCUGCAGAGAUGGCUGGGGGAACUCUUAUUCUGCUGUUGGUGGUCAUGAACGUGAACUGGUCCUUCCAAACUUCUGACACAGUGAACCCAUGCUGCUAUUUCCCAUGCCAGCACAAAGGUGUGUGCGUGAGAUUCGACCUGGACCAGUACGAAUGUGACUGCACCCUCACUGGCUACUAUGGAAGAAACUGCACCACCCCUGAAUUAUGGGCUAGGAUUCGGGAUUUCAUCCGUCCGAGCCCUUCCUUUUAUCACUACAUCUUGACUCGUUUCAAGUGGUUUUGGGAUAUAAUAAAUGCUACUUUUAUCCGGGAUAUCAUUGUCAGGCUCGUUUUGACAGUGCGAUCCAAUCUGAUCCCCAGCCCCCCGACUUACAACUCUGCAUACGGUUAUAUUAGCUGGGAAGCAUAUUCCAAUGUAAGCUACUUCACGCGGGUUCUACCCCCUGUGCCAGACGAUUGUCCCACACCAAUGGGAACCAAAGGAAAGCUGGAACUGCCCAACGCCACUUUACUGGUGGAGACCUUUUUAAAAAGGCGCCAGUUCAUCCCCGACCCGCAGCGCACGAACCUCAUGUUUGCCUUCUUCGCCCAACAUUUUACCCACCAGUUCUUUAAGACGUAUGGAAGGAUGGGGCGAGGGUUCAUUAAAGGAUUUGGUCAUGGGGUGGACCUCAGCCACGUCUAUGGAGACUCUAUGGGCCGUCAGCACGCGCUGCGCCUAUUUAAAGAUGGAAAGAUGAAAUAUCAGAUAAUAAAUGGAGAUAUGUAUCCACCAACAGUGCUGGAAGCUCCCGUCCACAUGAUCUACCCGGAGAACAUCCCCAAAGAGAAGCAGUUGGCGAUGGGGCAGGAGGUGUUUGGUCUUCUCCCCGGAUUAAUGAUGUACGCUACUAUUUGGCUCCGUGAGCACAACCGGGUGUGUGAUGUGUUAAAGAAGGAACAUCCCACAUGGGACGAUGAGCAGCUCUUCCAAACCACAAGGCUCAUCCUCAUUGGAGAGACCAUAAAGAUUGUCAUUGAAGACUACGUACAACAUCUCAGCGGUUAUUACUUGAAGCUGAAAUUUGACCCGGAGUUGCUCUUUGGGGUCCAGUUUCAGUACCGGAACCGGAUUGCUGUGGAGUUCAAUCAGUUGUAUCACUGGCACCCCCUAAUGCCCGACAGCUUCCUCAUUAAGGAACAGGAAUAUAACUACAGCAACUUUAUUUACAACUAUUCCAUGCUGACAGACUACGGCGUGGAAGCUCUCGUGGAAUCCUUCUCAACGCAAAUUGCUGGGAAGAUUGGAGGUGGAAAUAAUCUUCACCCUCAUCUGUUGUAUAUUGCGAUCGGGGUCAUCGAUGAGUCCCGCAAACUGAGGCUGCAACCUUUCAAUGAAUAUCGCAAGAGGUUCGGAUUAAAAGCCUACAAAACUUUCCAGGAUUUCACAGGAGAAAAAGAGAUUUCCGCACAACUGGAAGAGCUCUAUGGCCAUAUAGACGCUCUGGAGUUCUACCCCGGCCUCCUGCUGGAGAAAACCCACCCGGGUUCUAUUUUCGGAGAGAGUAUGAUCGAGAUCGGAGCUCCGUUUUCCCUCAAAGGACUUAUGGGGAACCCCAUCUGCUCCCCGGAGUACUGGAAGCCGAGCACCUUCGGAGGAGAGACGGGAUUUAAUCUCAUAAAGACUGCUUCCCUCGAGAAGCUGGUGUGCCAGAAUGUGAAGAAAUGCCCCUUCGUGUCCUUCCACAUGCCGCACUCCACCGGGGAAGAGCGCCAUCUGUCUUCCACAGAAAAGAAGAGCGAUGAGCUAUAGGGGGCCGGGGGAACGCUCAAUGGAUGAAUAUAUUUGUGAUUGUUUUUUAAAGGGAAUUUUGCUAUUAAAUUUUAUGUGUCUCGUUA